UGUCGCGUCUCCACUUUAUACAUAAACACGUGUAUGUACUCUGACGGAUAUUUCCUUCUACGGAUACGUGUUGUUAUUGCAUUUGCUCUUGUACUUUUUAAAUUUUCAAAAUAAAAUAACUUUUCCUACGUGUCCAUUGAACUAGUAGUACUGUAGCAUACUAACGUGUCACAUUUAGAGUUUUACUACAGAAAGCCACUUAGGUUUACAAAAUGAUGAAAACAAGAAGUGAAAUUAGAUUCGUUUUUUAUGCUGGUGCUAUAUUUAUAUGUUAUUUUAUUUUUGCUAUGCUACAAGAAAAAAUUACCAGGGGUAAAUAUGGGGAGAAUGAUAAAUUCACUUGCGCUUUGACCCUGGUUUUGAUUCAGUCUUUUGUAAAUUAUUUAUUUGCUCAAAUAUUGAUGGUAUCAUGGACACAUGAAAAAGAUACAACAAGAACUGUUUAUUACUUUUCAUCAGCAUUAACUUACCUCUUAGCGAUGCUUUGUUCAGUUAUGGCUCUGCAGUUCGUAAAUUAUCCAACACAGGUGGUGGGCAAAGCUGCAAAACCUAUACCGGUGAUGAUUCUUGGUGUAUUAUUAGGACGUAAAUCAUACCCACUGAAAAAAUAUCUUUUUGUUCUUUUGAUUGUUAUUGGCGUUGCACUAUUUAUGUAUAAAGAUCAAGCCAAAAAGACUACUGAUGAAUCUCAAGGCAUGGGUAUUGGAGAACUUCUGCUUCUUGUUUCUUUAACCAUGGAUGGGCUGACUGGUGCUGUGCAGGAACGUAUAAAGAGUGAAUCAUCUCCAACUGCAUACUCAAUGAUGCUGAAUACAAAUUGGUGGUCAACUAUUAUUUCCUCGGUCGGUGUCCUAUUGAGUGGAGAAAUAUUCAAAUUUGUAGCAUUUGUGACACAGUAUCCUGAGAUUUUGGUCUAUUUGAUCAGCUUUGCACUGAUGGGUGCUUUGGGGCAACUUUUCAUAUUCUUCAUGGUGGCAGAGUUUGGACCUUUGCCAUGCUCGGUGGUGACCACAACCAGGAAAUUCUUCACCGUUCUGGCUUCCGUGAUUAUAUUUGGCAAUGUAUUGCUUGGCCGUCAAUGGAUUGGUGCUAUUCUUGUUUUCUCUGGACUCUUCCUAGACAUCAUAUACAGCAAGGGAAAAACUCAACCAUCAAAGAGGACCUCAGUUAAGUAAUAACUUCUUCCAAGUUAUUUUUAAAAUAAUUACUAUAUUUAUUCGUAGUAAA